CAAUUGGUGAACGAACAAAAUGAGCCAGCCCGAAGGUGGCGAUGUGUCGAGCCAGAAGCUCGCCAAGUUGCGCUUCAAGCAGCUCAUCCGCAAUGUCAUCCUCAACAUGCAGUGGCUCAGAGACGCCAAGGAGGCACCGACCCACUUCUCGAUGAACGUUAAGCGCAACGUGGCCAUGCUGGUGCGGCAGAAGCGCAAAGUCGGCAUGAUGACCACGGCGGAGAAAGCAUUGUUCCGCACGCCACACCAGAUGCGCACCGUGAAGGAGCGCAUGAAACUUUGCACGAUUGUGGCGGAUCUGGCCUGCUUUUCCAGACUCAAUCCGAAACUGCGCGUUCGCUUGGUGCCGCACCUGAUCUUUGUGGCACUCACUCCCGGACGUCUCAUCAUGAGGCAGGGCGACCACCCCAUCACCAUGUACUUCAUCCUCACCGGCGAAGUGGAAAUGGCCAAGAGGGUCUACGACAAGGCCACCCAAGCAUACGAGACCAUGGCGGAGGCUAUUUUCGGACCCGGCGACUGCAUCGGCGACAUCGAUGUGAUGGAGGAGGCGGACAGGACGCACACAUACAUAGCAGCAACCAACUGCGAGCUGCUGGCCAUCUACGACAGCGACUACUCGACCCAGCUGGCGCCCUACAUGAAGAAGAUGUGGGAGGAGAAGAAGGAGGCCAUAGGCGCCCUGGAGUACUUCCAGUUCUUCAGCCCCGAGCAGGUGGUCACCGCCUGCAAGUUUGCCAGCAUUCAGCAGUUCGACCCGCUGGACACGAUCUACGAGGAGGAUCUGGGCUCGCUCAGCGUCGUCUACUUCGUGCUCAGCGGCGAGUGCAUGGUGCUGCAGUGUCUGCACAUGAAGGUCAACUGCGUGGGCCAGCAGCGGACUUACACGCUGGACAGCGUGGGCUGGAACGCUUCCAGUGCACUUUUGGCACGCAGCAGGCUCAAGAAGUUCGAUGUCAACGACUACCUGAUGUCCUCCUCCUCGCUGGAUGAGGAGAAGAAGGAGAAAAAGAAGGCAAUGCGCAAAAUGGGUCUGCUGGAAAUCCAGCAAGCCUGCGCCAAGAUGCGACGAAGGCGAUUCCCCUCGUCGGUGGAGGUGGAGCGGAAAGUGCUGCGGAAGACGCGCUACACACUCUUCAAGGGACCCGUCGACGACUACGAGUCCUAUGUGAUGGGCGAGGGCUGUGAGGAGAGCGAGGAGCUGCAGUCGCCGGUGUACUCCAGCUGGGAGUCGUCAUCCGAUGAGAGCAGCCGCACGCCCAGCAGCGAUGGCGCAGAGGCGGAGAGCGAGAGCGAGAGCGAGGGCUCAGAGAUAUUCACCGCCUCCUCGUCGUCGGAGUCGCCGGAGUCGCCGGAGCCGCUGUCGGGCAAGGAGUCGGGGGCGGAUAUGGAACCAAAGCCACAAUACGAGACGCGCUUCAUAGACGUGGCGUCGCUGACAUUCGGCGCCAUCUUCGGGCUGGGUGAGAAGAUGCACGACCGCAACAUAAUGACCCGCACCCACGUGCAGUGUUUGGUCAUUCCGCGCUUCUGGCUGUUCGAGCCGGCCCAGAAUCCUGGCAACUUUUGGCAGCGGAAGCGCUUCUGCGUCGAGUCGAAUCUACCCACCAGGGAGACGCUGUUCAGCGACUUCGUCAAGACGCGCAACUGGCAACACUUCAGCAACAGCUACCUUCGGGAAGUGUUGAGCGACUCGAGCACCUGCAGUUGGACAAGGCCCGAGGACAUUCCCAUCGUUGCUCGCAUUAUGCAAACCACCGAAGACUCUUGAAUCGAUCGUGGCCAGAGUUGUAUAUACAUAUGCCACACACAUACACACACACAUCUU